AUGAAGGUGCUGUGUGUGGCCGAAAAGCCAUCCAUCUCAAAGUCUGUCACGCAGAUUCUCUCUGGCGGAGAAUUCAGGACGAGACCAACUGGCAACAAGUACAUCAAGAACUACGACUUUGGAUAUCCACAUGGCAAUGCUUUCUUCACCGUGACCGCCGUCACUGGUCAUGUUAUGGAUUACGACUUCUCUUCCAUGUACUCCAGAUGGACCUCGUGCGACCCAUUUGCGCUCUUUGAGGCCGAGAUCGAGACCAAGGUCAAACCCGACGCUAAAGCCAUCGCGGAUAAUCUAAGGAAGGAAGCAAGAGGUGCGCAAAGGCUCAUGAUAUGGACCGACUGCGACCGAGAAGGAGAAAACAUCGGAGCGGAGAUCAUGAAGAUUUGCCAGAAUGGAAACCCUAAUAUCGUCGUGCAGAGAGCAAGGUUCAGCGCAAUUAUCGCACAACAAAUCCACAACGCCGCACAACAUCCUGUUGCGCUCGACAUGGCACAGUCGAAUGCUGUCGAGACUCGCAUUCUGCUCGACUUGCGUGUCGGCUCGGCAUUCACUCGAUUGCAGACCCUACAGCUCCAGAGGAAAUUCGAGGCUUUGAAGAAAGACAUUGUUUCAUAUGGUCCUUGUCAGUUCCCUACGCUAGGCUUCGUUGUUGCACGUUACAACAAGCUCAAGAACUUCAAGCCUGAGCUGUUCUGGUAUAUAUACCUAUCCUUGACACGGCCACCUGCCGAUGGCGACGAACCCGUGGACACGGAGUUCACAUGGCGAAGAGGGCACAUCUUCGAUCUUCAGACCGCGUGGGCAUUGUAUGAAGCUGCACUGGAGUCAGCGACAGCUCGCGUCUCGAAAGUGACGUCUAAAGAGAAGAAGAAAUUCAAGCCCUAUCCACUGACAACAGUAGACUUGCAGAAAGCCGCUUCUAGAAUUCUCAAAAUAUCUCCGAAGAAGGCUCUUGAUAUCGCCGAGAAGCUUUACCAGCAAGGUUUCCUUUCCUAUCCUCGCACGGAGACUGACGUAUACGACCCUCAAUUCGAUUUCAUAACUCUGAUUGGCAAGCAGAGUGCGGAUCCCGCGUGGGGAGGAUUUGCAGCAGGCUUGCAAAACGGCGGCUUCAGCGCCCCUCGCCGAGGCAAGCACGACGAUCACGCGCACCCCCCCAUUCACCCGACAGCACAUGCCGGCAAUCUCGUAGGAGACGAAAAACGGGUAUACGAGUACAUUGCACGACGUUUCUUGGCGUGUUGUUCGACCGACGCUCUUGGUUGGGAAACCACCGUUGACGUCAGGUAUGGCGAAGAAGAGUUCUACUCGACAGGCCUGACCAUCAGGGAACGAAACUAUCUCGACGUCUUUCCGUACGAUAAGUGGGCGGACAAGGAGUUACCGCAGUUCCAAGAAGGGGAGAUAUUUGUCCCCACCGAAUGCCGUCUUGACGAGGGCAAGACUUCGAAACCGAAUCUACUCACCGAAGCCGAUUUGGUUGGCCUCAUGGACGAGCAUGGGAUCGGCACGGAUGCAACCAUUGCUCAGCAUAUACAGACCAUCGUUGACCGAGGAUAUGUUGUAGAGCGGAUGCAGGGUAAGACCAAAUACCUCAUCCCAUCGACACUCGGAAUUGGCCUCGUUGAGGGCUACGAUACCAUUGGAUUUGAUCAGAGUCUGAGCAAACCGGAGUUGCGCCGUGAAACUGAACGCCGUAUGGUUGAGAUUUGCCGAGGACUGAAGUCUAAGCGCGAAGUCCUUGACGAGAGCAUCGAGAAGUACAAGGAGAUGUUCAUGAAGACCAAGAUCGAGUUUCAGAAGCUGGUUGAUGCUGUUGGCCAACGUAUCAAUGGUCAGGGGCCUGUUCCAGAUGUAGAUCUUGGGGAGGCCCACGAAAGUGACGACGAUGAUGGCGAGGGCGGAGGUGGAGGCGGAGGCGGCGGAGGGCGCGGAAGAGGAAGAGGAAGAGGGGCGCGCACAGUUACACGAGCCAGAGCACCAACCAGAAACGGCUCGACGCGAGGGUCUGCUGCGACAGGGACAAGACGUGGUAGAGGGCGUGGAGCCGCGGCCCCGACAUCCAACGGCAGACCACAACCGCCGCCGCCUCCUCCUCCAGCAGUUCCAGUUCCAGCAGCACUUGCAGCGGAUGACACUGACGAUUACUGGAGCGAGACGGAGCAAGCCCCUCCACCCGCGGCUCCUACACUUGCCUCCGCCAGAGCUCCUGCUCCUGCAAGAGCCGUUCCUGCACGACAAGCCCCGCCUCCCCCCAACGGCGGUGCACCGCCCAAAUGCUUUUGUGGCAACCUUGCUGUGGAACGUACCGUCACGAAGGACACCAACGGCAACAAGGGCCGCAAAUUCUGGACCUGCGAGAACAAGAGCUGCGACUUCUUCUUAUGGAUGGAGGGCACAUCAGCUUCUACCUCGAACGGGCCAUCAUUCGCAUCGGCAUCUCGUGCUCAUUCCGCCUCUACGCCCUCCAUCCCAGCAAAGAGGUCCUACGGCACGCCUGCGGUUGACGGUAUCGGUACUGCGCCAGGGAGGUGUCAGUGCGGUCUGACUCCGACGCUCAAGGAGGUCAAGAAUGGAGCGAAUCAAGGCAGGAAAUUCUGGUCGUGUCCAACCCAUUCUCUGAACGCGGGGUGUAAUUACUUCGUGUUCGCCGACGAGGUGGGCAACGACGCGCCCGCACCUCCUCGGAGGAGCGUAUCUGGACCAAGCGGCUUUGAGUCAGGGGGAAACAGUGGAGGGUGUUUCGAGUGCGGGCAGGAGGGUCACUGGGCAAGUGGUAAGUUAUCGUGUAAUUUAGAUCGUACAUCUGAUGCUGACUACGCGAACAGCCUGCCCGAAUAA